AUCAUCAAGUCAUUAAGAUUUUCUAACGAUGAUUGGAACCUCUUCCAUUUACUAUGAAGGGCUUGAGGUCCAAUGAAACCCUGCAGCCGGAGGUUGCACUACCUAUGGUAAAACGACAAAGCGAGCAGAUGCCUUCGACUUCAGGGGAAGGCAUCGAGUCGAAGUCGCCGAUUCUAGUAACAAGAACACAAAAAUUCAGAUCGGUGUCACGUGAGUCAAGCGUGGACAGCGACGGAAGAAAACAGAUCCGGAUGGUACUAAAGAGGAUGCCACCAACAAGCAGCUCGGGAAGUGACAGCGAGUGGCAACCUGGGAAAAAGAAGAAGACAACCCGGAAAAGUGCAAAGAAACUUAGGGUGCCACUACAUGGAGCGCGGAAACGCGGAAACGCGGAAGAGAAUAGUAACCAGAUUCCCGCGUUCCGUUCUGUCUGUUUUGAUUGCCUUGUAUUACAUGGAGCAGAUUUUGAGCGGAAAAGCAGAACGAAAAAUUAUAAAAUGUGA